AUGGGCAAAAGCUUGUCGGAACAAAUUUUGGAUAUUGCCAAUAAACCAAUUAAUGAAGAUAUUGAUAUUGAAAAUGAAGAUGUUGCUUUUAGAAAUGAAGGUGAUUCCGAUUCUCAAGUCAGUGAUGUAGAGGAUGAGGAAUCUGAAACAGUUAAAGGGACAGGACAUUAUGUUAGUGUCGGAAAGUCGAAGUUGAGGAACGAGGUCAAAGAUGUAGUUACCGAUGCAAAAUAUACUGGACAGAAGGGCUCUAGAGCGGAUCUAUAUAGUGAUGGCAACGAUGAUGAUGCUGAUGAAAAUGAAGGAGAAAGUGAUGCUAUGUCGUUUGUCACUGAUUCUGAAGACCAAGAGGUAUCUGCAGAUGAUGACGAGGAAGAAGAAAAUGAUAAUGAGGAGGCAGAAGAGGAAGAAGAUGAAGAUCAGGAAUUAAAAAGAGAAAGACUAACAAGAUUAGUCAACCAGGAGACCAAGAAAGCGAUCAGCGGUUUAUCUCAGGGUACCAAAAGAGAUGCUGCUAAAGGUUUGUCAAUUUUGAAACAAAAUCGUGUUUUUGAGAGUACUAUUGAUGUUAGAAUCAAAUUACAAAAAGCUUUAAGUUCUGCAAAUUUAUUACCACUAACAAGAGACUCUUGGGACGUAUAUUUAGCUAAUGACAACAAAACUAUCAAGUUACUAGAAAAAACUAAUAAGAAAUUGAAUAAGGUCUUCAAUAAAUUGGUUAGUUUCAGAACGGAAUUUCAAUUAAAUGAUCACAUCACAACAGAAGAGUCAGACAAUACUGACAAGAAAAGAUCAUACACUGAUCUAGUGGAGGAAACUGACAGAUUGGAUAACAGCUUAAAGGAAUAUAGAGAUGCCGUAUUAAAUAAGUGGUCAAUUAAAAUUGCUUCUGCUUCCGGUAACACAGCAUUGAAUGCAACUAAAUUCCAGAACAUUAAUCAAUCGGCUGAUAUUCAAGUUAAUAACCAAUUGGCAGAUCUACCAAGGUUGAUCAAGAGGACGUGUUUGAACAGAAGAAAUACACAACCUUUGAAUUUUAAUGAAGAUUUAAACAGCGGUAAAUUAUCACAUAUCAAAAAUUCUUCCGUUGAAAACGCAGAGGAUGAUGGAGAAGAUAAUAUAGAUAUUCCUUCAAAUUAUGAUCCAAGAAGAAAGAACAACACAAAGCUUGAUACUUCUGAAAAUCCAUACAUAUUUGACGAUGAGGAUUUUUACCGUGUGUUGCUAAAUGAUCUAGUUGAUAAAAAAAUAUCAAAUGCUCAAAAUUUGCAAAGCAAUGGCGCUAACAUUGCCAUCACAUCUCGUUCGAACAAUAAACUAAAGAAGAAUAUUGACACCAAAGCAUCUAAAGGUAGAAAACUGAAUUACUCUGUUCAAGAAUCAAUAGCAAAUUAUGAAGCACCAGCCAAUGAUGGGUAUAAAUGGUCUGAUGAGCAUAUUGAUGAGUUCUUUGCCGGUUUAUUUGGUCAAAAGAUUAAUUUUGAAGAGAAUGAAAAUGAAGACAACAAUAAAGAAGAUUCAGAAAACCAUGAACAAGAUGAACAAGUCUUAGAAGCCAUCAAGAACGAUGAAAUCCAAAUUUUUGGUUGA